AUGUGCUGCGUCCUUCAAGGUGCCGAGAGAGUGUUCCCCUCCGUUGGGAACGGGGGGAAACACGGAACGGGAGCGGGGAGCGGCAAGGGCGCCGGCGACACCCCCGUGGGCUCCCAGGAUCUACCCCUCGAGUCGCUCUGGGCAGCCGGCCUGGAUGAGGGGAUGGGGUUCCCGCAGAGAUGUUCCUACGCGAAUCAGCAUACCACUCUCGCCGCGUCCUCUUCUACGAGCCACACGUCCCCCGCGAACCCCGACGAUCUCUGGAGAGAGAGAAGCCUCCCUCAUAAAGGCUAUAGAAAGGCUCGUUGGCACAGAACGCCUACGACCUCCACGGGGAUCGGUUCCUCGAUCACGGAUGAGAUAUGGACGUCGGCGAACGAGCGGCGAUUCUGCCGCACCUCGACCACCUCGACCGGCAUCGGUUCGUCCCUGAACCUAUACGAGAACAAUCGCUCGCUGGAGUCGCGCGACGGCGAUUUCUACGCCACGGAUAUCGAGGAUUCCAAGGACACCUCCUACCGGAGAUACUACCCGACCACGCCGACCACUUCCGGCCUGGGUUCGUCCUCGGACCGUCAAUCCGUCGAGACGCAGUGCGGCUCCAGGGAUCUUCCGGAUCAUCUCUGGGCGGCCGCGAUGGAGGACGGCUUCUCGCGCUUCAACGCCAUGAAGUCGCUGCAGACGAUCACGCGGCAGCCCCGUCCGAAUCACGACUGGGUGAAGACCGAGCGUAUCUCCAGGUUCACCAAGCACCGCACCAUCAGUCAAUCGCCGCAGCGUGAGGAGGAGAUCUGGACGUCCAAGCUGAACGAGAGCGCUGUAGUCUCCGGCUAUGCCACGCAGAGGAAUCUCGGUCCGCACAAGUGCCACCAUCAAGCGCGCAGGAGCUUCUCCACGUCGAUCGUCGCGGAUCUCGCCGUCACACCGGACGGAUCUCAGCAGAGCCUCGGCAGCGGCGAGUUCUUGGAGCUGGAGAGGAGUUACACCCUCUCGACCCCGGGUGGUAGCAGUCCCGUUUGUUGUCCGCCUUGCAGCCCGCCGCCCGCGCCGGCCGCAUACAUAUCGAGCGCGCGCGCGUCCUCGCGUAGACUCGGCGCCGGAAGUGGCCUCGGCGGGCCGACAUCCCCGGAGAGAGAUCCCCUGGGAAGACUGUUAAGAUUCCUGAAGACCUUCUACAGGGAGUUGGGCACCCGCGACCCACCCCAUCUACCGCCAUGGGCGUCCCCGCUGCCGCUCGGCACCCUCUGUCCGGCGCACUUUCAGCCGCAUCUGCAGCUGGUGCACAAGAGCGAGCAGGAGCACCGUCUCGAGAACAUCAAGCCCGACCAGAUCUUCGCCCCCGUCAGGCUAAGCGACGGUACCGUAUCCGAAGCGCCGCGGCGCGUCGCCGUCGAGGGCGGCCCCGGAAGCGGCCGGACCACUCUCUGUUUGCGACUACUGCACCAGUGGGCGACUCAGAGCGACGGUCCCGCGCUGGCGUUUAUCGUGCCGCUGCGCGAGCUUCGCGGCAGCCCGGUCCUGAAUUAUCUGACGCGGGAAUUAUUCCCAAGAACGGCCGCGUUGGGCGACGCGGUCGCCCAGGUGUGGCGCACUUUGCACCUGAUGGAGGAUCGCGUGCUCUUCGUCCUGGACGGUUACGACGAGUGCGUGGGCGGCCGAGCGUCGCUCGGCGACGCGGCCGAUCUGUUGGAGGGACGGCUGUUCCCGGACGCCAGGAUCCUGGUCACGUGCUCGCCCAGCAAUUCGACCGCCCUCGCGCCCUUGGUCCAACGUAGAAUCCAUCUGGCCGGUCUCGAGUGGCCGCAUGUCGAGCGGCUCUGCGUGGCCUACUUCAUUCACAACGACAUCGCCGAGAAGGCCUGCGAGUUCCUUGAGGCGCUCAACGUGCAACCGCAGUCUGUCAGGCAGCUCGGCCAGCAUCCGCUUGGUUGGAUCAUGCUCUGCUGCUUGUAUCAGGACUCCGGAAGUCUGCCGACCGAGACAAGCGCCCUCGUGCAAGCGGCGGUGAAGUGCAUCGUGAAGAGGAGCUUAGACCCGCCGAUUCCCUAUAACGAGGAGAUCCCGGGCCAUUGUAGGAAACGUCUCGAGGACUUCGGCAAGGUGUCCCUGGCUGCCCUAAGGGAGGGCAGAUGCUGUUACACAGAGGCUGAGCUGAGGGCGCGGGGUGGCGGCAUCGAGGUCACUCGACUCGGCUUCCUCACGAGGGGACUGACCUUCGGUCAGAGACGCAAGCCGGACCUCUACACGCCGAUCCACAUGGCGGUGGCGGAGUUCCUGGCGGCGUACUAUCUCACCUCGGUUGCGCAAUACGCCAACAUUCUGCGCCGCGAACUGGAGGGCCUACCGUCGGGCAUCAUCGGCCAUCUGGCCGGUCUGCUGGGCCCGAAGACCCACCUGAUUCUGAAUCAAUUGUGCCCGCUGGAGGUGCCACCCAGGGCCGUGUUCUCGCUGCUGAAGGCGGCCGGCGCGUCCGACGGCAACAUCUCGGCGGUCUGCCGACUGGUUGGCGCCGGCCCCGGAUUCGGACCCGCGCCCAACGAACGACCUCCGGCUCCGCUGGUGCACACGUCCCCUCUGGAGCUGGAGGGAUGGGCCAGGAUCCUUGAGAGUCCCGCUUGCACGCUCGAGGCGCUCGAGGUGGUGUUCCAAGUGGAGCGUGGAUCCGACCCGAGAUAUCUGGACGAUUUCUUCGACGCGCUCGCCGGCAACGAGAGCGUCAAACUCGUCAGGAUCACGUCCUUGCUGGGGCAGGAGUUCCCGGCGGACGAGGCGCAGCGUUUGGCCGGACACCUGAAGAGCGUGCUCGGCAAGAAGAAGCUCAACGACUUCGAGCUUGUCAUCACCUGUCUCGAGGAGGCGGCCCAUGAUAGACUGGAGUGCGUGGUGAACGCUCUUUGUCGCGGCCUGAGUCACGCCUCCGGCAGCCUGUCGCGUCUGGUGCUCGACAUGAAUCUGUCCGGCGAGCAAGUGUCCCGGGUCUGCGAGGCACUUCGCGACUGCAUUCAAGUGCAGGCGCUGCACUUGCCCCAUUUAGGCUGCGGAUGCGAGGGCCUGGCGUCGGUCGCCGAGUUGCUGAAGGAACGGCCGCUGCUGGCGCUCAACCUGGCUGGCAGCUGGGGCGCCAAGAACGAGGAUCCGUCCAGCUCUGGCAUCAGUAUGGGUUCAGGCUCGGGUUCCGGUUCCGGCAGCAGCGGAUGCGCCUCUAGCACUCUCGGCACCCUACCGCUAAAUCGCUGCUACUCAUCCUUACCCAGGGGCGCGCUAACGGCUUACGGCAGCCUGACACGACCCGCCACCCUGCCGCGUCUUCCGCUGGGCCUCGGCUUGGGCCCGGCACCCAACACGGGUAACGGGCCGCUGCCACAAAAUGACCGGGAUCGAGACAGCAACGGCAGCAGCAAGAGAAACAGCGACAGCGUGCUCUGCCAUCGGCUGCCCUUGCUACAUCCCCUGCCCACGUGCGACAUCACCAGCCAUCAGGGCACCGGCUUCCACGAGAUAUUCAACGCUAUCAGGGAGCCGAACUGCAAACUGAGAUCUCUGAACGUGUCGAAAUGUCUUCUGGGCGGCUUGGAUGCCGGCUGCUUAGGCGAGACCGUAAGGAAGGCCCGCUAUUUGGACGCCCUGAGGGCCGCCGGAGCGUCGAGGCCGGCCGACGUGAUGCCCCUGGUGUUGGCCCUGACAGAAGCGCCCUGUUUGCAACUGCUGGACUUGUCCAGUCCCCGAUUGGCCCUGGACGAUCAUCCUUCGAGGCUGUUGUGCCACGCUCUGGCCAGGAACACGACCCUCAAGCUGCUCAGUCUGGAGGGCUGGACUUUCCGGAUAGAGGAAUCCGACAGCUUGGCGGUGUUCUCCGAGCUGCUGAGAUACACGAGCGUGCGUGAGCUGAGCCUAUGCAACGCGCGCUUGCAUUUAGCGGUGCACGAAGGUCCACUGUCAAGAUUGGGACGUCGCGACGACGCCGGCGCCGAGCUCCUGCGAGCCGCACCGCCCCCGGCCUGUCCCGCGAUCGUCUUCCUGAGGCUAGCCGGAUUUCAAGUAACGGUGAACGAUCGUCUGGCGCUGCGCGGGCCGUUGCUGCUGCCAUUCCUGGCGGGUUUCACGUCGCUGAGCGAGCUCGACUUGUCGCUGGACAAAUCGACGAUCGGCGGUAGCAGCGGGUCGCUGCUCUUCAUCGACGACAAGAUUCUGCAGCAGUUCUUCUGCUGCCUGUCGGCGCACUUUCGCAGUCUGCAGUCGCUCCGGAUCAACUUCUGGCGGAUCACCCUGGAGGACAGCGACCGCACGAUGCGACAGAUCGCCAAGCACCUCAAGCUGUGCGGCCUGAGCUUCCUCAGGGCGAACGGUCUGAUCGUCACCGACAGCGCCAAGCGCGUGCAGAUGGAGCACGUGUUCGUGCAGACGGUCCUCACGCACCUGCAGUGCCUCACCUGGCUGUGCCUGGACGGCGUCGAGCUGACCGAGACGCAGGCCACCAGCGUGGGCAAGUGCGUGCGGGACCGUUACCCCGGCACCACCCUGGAGAUCAGCGCCAAGGACGUGCACGUGAGGUCGGUCAAGGCCCUGGUGACCGCGGCCGAGGAGGGCGGCAGGACGGAGGUGGUUUACACCGGCGGCUCCAGCUGCCGCCUGAAGAUCACGAAGCUCCAGAAGGGCGGCCGGGGCAAGAAGAAAUGA